AGGGUCAUUGAAGUCCACGUCUCCCAUGAUGCAGCGCGGUACAGACCCGGCGGAGACAUUCAAAACUAUGGCAGAAGAGUCGGAUGUAUCUAAACCAACUUUACGCUGUGAGGACACAGAGGACGGGUCCAUCGUUAGCAGCGGGGACAAUGGGAUAAAGACACGUCUGAGGUUUUCUCCAGAUGAAGAUACGAGCUCAACUCAGGAGCACGACACGACGAGUGAAGUACCAACUUUGCACCGUGUUCCCGAAGACUCCCAUUCAUACCGAGCGUCUGCGGAAACAGCCGAACAGCUCUCAGCCGAGGCCCCACACACACCUUUACACUCGGAUCACGAAAGAGAAUUGAAAGACGUCUCCAGUGAAAACAGAUUAAAUUCAAAUGAGCCACGUGUAAACAACACGGAGGAGAAGGAGAACGUCGCAGCAGAUAUUGCUCAGGAAGAAGAGGAAAACACGUCUGGUCAGAAAGGUUUGAAUGAUUCCAGUGUGACUGCCAGUAAACACAGUCACACAGAGCACAACGAUGCUGAGGUGGCGAGAAGAGCGCGGGAGCAAGGCUAUGUGAGCGUCGUCUUUCCUGGCACUGUGACUCAGGAUGGCUGCUGCCGCUUUGUCAGCGAGAUCCUCAAGUGCAUUCUCUAUCAGAGACAGCAACUCCCCAUGACUUAUGACCAGCUGGUUUAUUCCCAGAAGAAGCAACAAGCCUCAAUGCAGGAUAAAGACACAGUGAUUCGCAGACCAGUGCAGACAGCGGACAUGGACGGGCGCAAGUGUCAGCAAACCCUUCAGGAUCUGGAGGAGUUGCUGCAGCAGCUGGAGGUGCUUUUUUCCCUGAGCAGGGUGCCCCGUGUGCUGCUCCUAAUGGGUGGCUCCCUCAUCCUGCCCAAAGAGCUGUAUGAGAUCAACCUGGAGGGGCUGGUGUUGGCUGGUGGGGAUCACAGUCUGCGGGUGUCCUCGUGCUUAAGGCAACUCUUCCGCACGCUUUUCGUGGCGGACCUUUUGUCUGACACCAGACCUGUUCGUUUAAUGCCCACCACAGUCUUAGUGCUCGCUCACAGGGAUUGCGGUGUAGGCUGGUUCCGCCCUAAACUACAAUUUAAAGUGCCAACUCGUGUAAGGAACCAAAUUAUUGCUCUUUCCACUGAUCCCAGCAAGGACACAGGGGCAGAGGGGUCAGACUGGCAGGAUUAUGUGUGGUUUCAGGCUCCAAUGAUGAUCAAGGGCUUCAGCAACUCAACCAAGACGGGGAGCAAAUAGAUUAAAGCUCCCUUUCUUAUACCUUAUAUUACAUUUUAAUGGUGGUUAAAGCUAAUUUUGAAUUGAGCUGUACAUGUUUUAUUGAAUUAUGAGAUAAGUCUUCUCUACUGGUGAUUAAAAGUAUGUUAACCCAAACUACAGUGGGUGUAUUGACACAAACUUUUCUCUAACUGUCUUCUGAAAUAUUUAGAAAAUUUGUUCUCAAGAUGCUUUGUUUGCAUUUGAUCUAAUCAGUUGGGGAAUAUUUUAUUUUUAUAUAUUUAUUAAGAAUGUUUUACAUGUUUUGUAUCACUAAUUUGUAAAGACAUUAAAGGGAUAGUUGGCUGAAAUAUGAAAAUUCACUCAUUAUCUACUCACCACUAAGUCGAUGGAAGGGUGGCUGUAACACUUCUGGUGUCUCAGAAAUCAAUUUUGUUGCAGCAGGGUCCAAUACAGAUUACGUCAAUGGUGCACUAGACUUCAGAUGUAAUAAAACAAGCCUAAAAGUCAACUCCCGUAAGGUGCAAUGCUAGUAGACGUAGCUAAACAAUGUAUAGAUAUCAGCGGACAUUCAGGCUUAAAACAUGGUGCAAGUGACGCUGUUUUCAGUUGAAAAUGAAUGUCGGGGUAUGCAGGCACUUGAAUGACACAACACGAGCAAUAUGGCAUGUUAUGUUUUUUCAGUUUUAUUAUAUCUGAAGUCCAGGUCACCAUUGACGUAAAAAAAAAAUUAGCUCUGAAACUCGAGAAGUGUUUUGUGGACUCAAACACUUAAUCCACCCCUCCAUCGGCUUAGUGGUGAGUAGAUAAUGAGUGAAUUUAAAUUGUCCAGUGAACUAUCCCUUUAAACACAAACCAACAAGCAUAAUGCUGAUGCAAUAUCAUUCUAACGUACUUAACAUGAGAGGUUUAACACAUUAUAUUGCUUUAUUUAAUACAAUCUGUAGACACAUUGGAUUGCCAGUAUCAUAUGUGUACAUGUUUACAUUUAUCUAAACCUUCAUAUGAUUUCAGCAGUGUUGCAAUUUUGUGGACACGUUAAGAAUUGGAUGUGUUGUGUGGGAGGGAUCAUAGACACAGAGAUUUGUUUGUGUUCCAUCAUUAAAAAGACAUAAAACAUAA